CAAGAUUUGAAUGAAGUCUAAGAACUGCAAUGCUCGCUUUCGUUCUCGCUUCCGGGUUCGCUUUCUCAACUUCCAAUCUACCGUUCUCGAAAUAGAUCGACAAGGCUGGCCCCCACGUUGUUACCCCGAAGCCGCUAACCUUAGACCUGGCCCGAGUACCACUAGAGCCGGGUUGCAUAGCCAACGUCACGAUAUUCGCUCUGCCCGCAGGAUCCGCGGAUUAUAUGGCAGCAGCACUUGCCCGUUACGGCUGUCACCUUUGAUACUAUUGGCUAGAUCGCCUACGCAUCGUAUCGUCUCUUUUGGACUCCAAUCACUUAUCAGUCGACGCAUGCAUGGCAUACUACGAAGACAACCAACUAGACUAGACAGUCGUUGGUAGUGAUGUGGUCCACCCAUCACAAUGUUACCAACUAGCCUGAUCCGCCCAGGCCGUGGGAGCACUCUUUGGCGACUACAGAGGUUCCCGAGCAUUCUGAGUCGAGGUAGACGGCUACAUCUCGCACCUCCGUUCCUGCUCGAUGACUACAUCCCUCGUUAUCAACAGCUUACUUCAGUGGAGGCGUCCAAGAAGCGCUCGGCCGCCUACUCGCACCUACGGAAUUGCAAUCUUUGUCCCAGAAUAUGUGGAGUGAAUCGAUACGAAACAACGGGAAUGUGCUUGAUCGGACACGAUGUCAAGGUCAAUGUCAUUGCACCACACUUUGGCGAAGAACCCUGCAUUCAAGGCCACAACGGCAGCGGCUCGGUCUUCUUCAGCGGCUGUAACCUCCGUUGUUCCUUCUGUCAAAACCACGAUAUAGCCCACCAGCGCAACGGCAUGGACCUCACCCCUGAAGAACUCGGCGAAUGGUACAUAAAACUACAGGAAGUCGGCCACGUCCACAACAUCAACCUCAUCACCCCAGAACACGUCGUGCCCCAGGCAGCCCUGUCCAUCCUUCACGCCAGGGACCUAGGGCUGAAAUUACCCAUCAUUUACAAUACCUCUGCCUUUGACUCCCCUGCCUCGCUCGAGCUCAUGGACGGCCUUGUCGACAUCUACCUCCCCGACUUCAAGGUUUGGUCCAAAGCGGCAUCGCAGAGACUUCUCAAAGCAGAUGAUUACGCCGCCGCGGCUACAGAGAGCAUAAAGAAAAUGCAGGAACAGGUCGGCGACUUGUGCUUCACAGCCGAUGGUAUCGCCAAGAAAGGCGUCUUGGUCAGACACCUCGUCAUGCCGGGCAUGGAGGCCGAAGGGGAGAGGAUCAUGCGCUUUCUCGCCGGGCAGGUCUCACGAGAUAUCUUUGUCAAUAUCAUGGAGCAGUACCGGCCCGCUGCGCAUGUGGGGAAGCCGAAGAGGAAGAGGAAGACGGAGGUUGGUGUUGUCAAGCCGGGUGGAGUGGAUAGUCGGGAAGAGGUGCGGUAUGCGGAAAUCAACCGGGCUGUUACCAAGGACGAGGUAUCGAGUGUGCGGAAGGCGGCCGAGGCUGCUGGUUUGUGGCGGUUUUGCGAUCCGCCCCGACAUGAUGGUUUUGCUAUUUAACGGGGCGAAUGGUGGUUGGUUGACAUGGCCUUGCGCCCUAAUUUGCUGUACUAACAACCCGAGCAAGGAAUCAAUGGUUGAGAACGGUCGGAUGAUGCUACUCAGAUUCAGCACGACAAAUCACUUUUGGAGGAGACCCUCUCGGUGAUGUCGGACGGUGCACAGAACGAGCGCCCCUUAGAGUGUUCCCCCUACGCAGUGGCCGGCUGCAGAAAGGCAACCUGGGCCAUCUCUUAAAUAAUAAAUGUAACCACUUCACCAGGGUGUACUCCUUUCUUUUAUACAUAAGUUCGAUGGGAAACAUAUUUUAGAGUUCAAAAGCAAAG